AUGACCCUCAACACAAAAUCCAAACGUGCCUAUUCCUUGUCCGUGAGAGACAGUGAUUCUGCUCAUGGGGACAUCAUCAAACACUACAGGAUCCGCUCCUUAGAUGGUGGAGGUUAUUACAUCUCCCCAAGGAUGACUUUUGCCACCCUGCCAGAGCUAAUCCAUCAUUACAGCCAGAGGGGAGAUGGUCUGUGCCAGAGGCUCAUAGCUCCCUGCACAUCCCUGGCUCCCCAGAGGCCCUGGGCACAGGAUGAAUGGGAGAUCCCACGGGAGUCUCUGAAACUUGUGAAGAAGCUUGGCAGUGGGCAGUUUGGGGAAGUGUGGAUGGGCUACUACAAGAACAACUUCAAGGUGGCUGUGAAGACCAUGAAGGAGGGCAGCAUGGAUCCCAACGCUUUCUUGGCAGAAGCAAACUUGAUGAAGAAGCUCCAGCAUAAUAAGCUGGUCCGGCUCUAUGCUGUAGUCACAAAGCAGCCAAUUUACAUCGUGACAGAGUACAUGGCCAAUGGGUGCUUGCUGGAUUAUUUGAAGUCAGAGGAAGGAAGCCAACUGAAUCUCCCCAAACUCAUUGAUAUGUCUGCUCAGGUGGCAGAGGGAAUGGCAUACAUUGAGAGAAUGAACUCCAUCCACCGUGACUUGAGAGCUGCCAACAUCCUUGUCUCAGAGACACUCUGCUGCAAAAUUGCUGAUUUUGGCUUGGCCAGGAUCAUCGAGGAUGAAUACUUGGCACAAGAAGGAGCCAAAUUCCCGAUCAAAUGGACGGCACCAGAAGCCAUUAACUUUGGAGUUUUCACCAUCAAGUCUGACGUGUGGUCUUUUGGGAUCCUCUUAACUGAAAUCAUAACCUACGGCAGGAUCCCUUAUCCAGGGAUGACCAACCCUGAGGUGAUUCGCAACCUGGAGCAGGGUUACCGUAUGCCCUGCCCGGAUCUGUGUCCAGCUGAGCUCUACAGCAUCAUCCUGAGAUGCUGGCGAAACAAACCCGAGGAGCGCCCGACUUUUGAGUACCUGCAGUCUGUCCUUGAGGACUUUUACACGGCCACAGAGAAGCAGUAUGAGGCAGAGCCUCAGCCAUAAGCCACCGGCACCUGGGGACAGAGGAAAGCCACCAUCCUGCACAGGUUGGUGAUGGCUCUUGUCAGGAUCUCCCUUUCUCCUGUGUGCUGCCACGAUGGAUUUGGGGGAUGGGGAGAAAGGAAGGACGUGAGGGAAGUGGAUGGUGUCACAGCUCCCCAGCUUCCCCCAGGAAGAGGGGAACACUGCCUGGAGGGUGGCAUGGGGCUGCAUGCAAUGCCACUGUCCCCUCCACACCACAGGGAGGUGUCCUCUCUGCACCUCCUGGGCCCUCAUCAGGCUUCCGAGCUCUGGAGUCAUCCCUGCCUGAGGUGCCAACCCUGAAUCCUUAAUAAAGAACCGGAGAGACCAUUUUCCAUUAUUUUAUUCCUCCGUCAGGAUGGCAGCGUGCUCCUGCAUUUCCCAUUCCCAUUUCCCAGCUCCCUGAGAGGAGGUUGUGCUCUGCUCCCAGGUAACAGCAAUAGGAUGAGAGGCGAUGGCCAGGGGAGGGUCAGGUUGGACGUUAUGAAACAUUUCUUCUCCAAAAGAGUGGUGAUGUAGUGGGCCAGGGAGGUGGUGGGGUCACCGUCCCUGGGGGAGUUCCAGAAAAGGAUGGAUGUAGCACUGAGGGACACGGUCUAGAGUAGGCACAGGCAUUGGUUGAUGGUUGGUUUGGGUGAUCUGAUUGAUCUUUCCAACCUCGAUGAUUCCGAUUCAUCCUCCCAGCCCGAGGAGGAGAAGAGGAGAGGUUCGUGGUGUGGCCACCAGAUGUCUCCACUUCCCCGUGAAUCUGAGGGCUCCGAGCACAGCGGGGAGGGGGAAAGAAUGGUACAGAAAUGUCCACAAUAAAACAAAAUGGAACAAAAUAAAAUAAAAAUAAUAGAAUAGAAUAGUAUCCUCCCUCACUCUUCCUGCUUUGCAAAGCUCUUGUUACCUCACCGGUGAUUUGUGGUAUUGGAC